AUGGCAGAGAAGAUCCUGGUGACUGGUGGAGCUGGCUACAUUGGCAGUCACUGUGUGCUGGAGCUGGUGGAGGCUGGCUAUGUCCCCGUGGUCAUAGACAACUUUCACAAUGCCAUCCGAGGGGCAGAUGCGCUCCCUGAGAGCCUUCAGCGUGUGCAGCAGAUCGUGCACCAGCCCAUCCUCUUCCAGGAGCUGGAUAUCACUGAUGAGGCAGCGCUGCAGGAGCUAUUCAGUAAGCACCGUUUCUCAGCUGUGAUGCACUUUGCGGGGCUGAAGGCAGUGGGGGAGUCUGUGCAGAAGCCCCUGGACUACUACAGGGUGAACCUCACUGGGACCAUCCGGCUGCUGGAGACCAUGAAAGCCCACGGCGUGAGGAACAUCGUCUUCAGCAGCUCUGCAACUGUCUACGGAGACCCUAAGUACCUGCCCCUGGAUGAGAACCACCCCGUUGGAGGCUGCACCAACCCCUACGGCAAAUCCAAGUACUUCAUCGAAGAGAUGAUUCGAGAUCUCUGCAAAGCAGAGAGGGACUGGAAUGCCAUUCUCCUGCGCUAUUUCAACCCCAUUGGUGCCCAUGAGUCAGGCAUGAUCGGAGAAGAUCCUCAGGGGAUUCCAAACAACCUUAUGCCCUAUGUGGCGCAGGUGGCAGUGGGGCGCCGGGAAUUCCUGAGCGUGUUUGGGAACGACUACAAGACAGACGAUGGGACGGGCGUCAGGGAUUACAUCCACGUUGUGGAUUUAGCCAAGGGCCAUAUCGCUGCUUUGAAGAAGCUCAAGGAGAACUGCGGCUGCAAGAUCUACAAUCUCGGUACAGGCACUGGCUACUCCGUCCUGCAGAUGGUCCGGGCCAUGGAAAAAGCCUCAGGGAGGGAGAUCAAGUACAAGAUUACGGGCCGGCGGGAGGGAGAUGUGGCCUCCUGCUAUGCCAACCCGGCGCUGGCUGAGCGUGAGCUGGGCUGGAAAGCUGCCUUUGGCCUCGACAAGAUGUGCGAGGACCUGUGGCGGUGGCAGCUGCAGAAUCCCACAGGCUUCGGCAAGAACUGAGCUGAGGCCUUAGGGCUCGCGAGGGUGCCGUGGGCUGCUCCAGGCCAGCCCUACCUGCCUCCCCCCCACGGCUCCAGCGAAGCUGUGAUCAUCCUGGGUGC